CCGCGGCGGGCAGUCCCAGCCCAGAACCCGAGCCGCCUGGCCGCUGUCCCGCGUCCCAGGCGCCUACUUCUAUAAAGUCUUUAUCUUUCCUUCGGUGCCCCGCGUCCCGGCCUUCCCACUCCUCCUGCCCCGCACGUCCGGUCCCGCGUGGUGCAGCCCCGCCGCUGCGGCGAUGCGCCUCAUCCAGAACAUGUGUACCAUCGCCGAGUACCCCGCCCCGGGCAGCGCCGCCGCCGCCGACUGCUGCCUGGGGGUCGCGGGCCGCCGGCUCGUCAAGAUCGCCGUGGUGGGGGCCAGCGGUGUGGGCAAGACCGCUCUGGUGGUCCGGUUCCUCACCAAACGAUUCAUCGGCGACUACGAGAGAAACGCAGGUAAUCUCUACACAAGACAAGUCCAGAUAGAGGGCGAAACGUUGGCCAUUCAAGUUCAAGACACUCCUGGUAUUCAGGUCCAUGAGAACAGCUUGAGCUGCAGUGAACAGUUGAACCGAUGCAUUCGCUGGGCAGAUGCGGUGGUAAUGGUUUUCUCCAUCACUGACCACAAGAGCUACGAACUCAUUAGCCAGCUUCACCAGCACAUCCAGCAGCUCCACUUGGGCACUCGGCUGCCCGUGGUGGUGGUGGCUAACAAGGCUGACCUGCUGCAUAUCAAGCAGGUUGACCCUCAGCAUGGACUGCAGCUGGCUGGCAUGCUGGGUUGCUCCUUCUAUGAAGUGUCUGUUAGUGAAAAUUAUAACGAUGUCUACAAUGCUUUCCACGUCCUCUGCAAAGAAGUGAGUCACAAACAGCAGCCCAGCAGCACGCCUGAAAAGCGGAGAACCUCCCUCAUUCCCAGGCCCAAGUCCCCCAACAUGCAGGACCUGAAGAGGAGGUUCAAACAAGCACUCUCUGCCAAAGUGAGGACUGUCACCUCUGUCUGAAGCAGGACCAUUCAGGGGGGUUUGGUCACCCGGAAAGAGGGCCCGAGGUUCCUCUGGUGCAGGACUGUUGGCUGCUGGCCAUGGUUCACGGUUCCAGAAAGGGCUGAACAGAGAGGCCCCGGGGCCUGUGGAACUGCUGGUGUAAGGAAGCGUCUGGAGGAGGGGGAGAUGGACUAGGCAUGAAUGAGCAUCCCAGGCCACUGUGGAUCUGUCACAUGGACUCUAGGCCUUGUGUCGUAGAGUGGGGAGGGGCAGUCAGCUUAGGUUUUCUUCUUACCUACCUUGUAAAGGAUGGUCAGUUAGAGUUUCAUCCAAUAUAUUGGUGUGACUUAGGUGGAAUGGAUGAACACCAUGAUGCAGUCACAUGCUCCCCCCCCCCCCCCGCCUCCUUUGUUCCUUUUCCUUUUUUUCCUCCUAAGAGGAGGGAUUGCUUUCCUUUUAUCAGUAUGAUUUGCAUCUCUGGACCACCGGUUCUUACAGGAUGCCCAGACUUUAAGAACAAGGAGGAGCUUCCGACUCCCAGUAAAGGUUGGGUUUGGGGCCGAGGGAUUGUGUGCACAGACAGCUGGGCGCUGUGGUCUGCAGGACGGCGCUGGCUCUCCGGACAUGUGUGGUGUGCUCAGUACUGUGAAGAACUUCCAUCCAGACUAAUUGUGAGACUGUAUAGUUCUCUUUGUCUGUUUGUUUCAACUGUUACAUCAGGUACCAGAAAGAGAAAAGUGUCAAUUGAUUUUGGUGUAAUUUGUGUAAAAUGGCCCAUGAUGAUGACGUUGGGUUGCUUCCUAGGCCUGACUGAGCCAUGGCUGAGAUACAAAAAUACUAUCAAACAGUGACCAGAUACAGGGGCUUCCCACCAAAUCCCCUACACAGAUGCACUUUAAAAAGACAGUCAUGCUUUGGCUGAAACUGUAAUUAAUUUAUUUUGUGUACAAUAAAUCUCAUUUCAAAAGA